AGAGAUGAACCCAACAGGGAGAGAGAAGAUACGAGUGAUAGAGAAGCUAGAGAUUUAUAGAAGAUAUACGGUAUAUAGAGAGAUAUAGAGAAGAGCGAGACACAGAGAGAGAGAGAGAGAGAGAGAGAGAGAGAGAGCAUCAGCAUCUAUGGAUCAGUCUGCUGUAAUAUAAAGAAGAAGCUGUUAUUAUCACCAAACUGUGCGUCACAAUUAACGCCAUUAUGUUUAUCCUGAGAAAAGAGCGAUUUCGUAGACUACACCAUUCUUUUGACUAUAUACGAAUUACAGUCAUGUUCUUUUUAUGAGCUAGCAUAUCCAGACCGCUUAUGGAACACUGUUAAAUGAGACUAGAAAAUCUGCAUUGCCUGCCACUGUCUGUGGAGCCCUACGAUCGAGCGCACCACCCAGUCGAGACAGUAACGCAUGAUCACAAAGAGAUGUCAGGCAUUUUUGAAGAAACAUUUCAUGUUUUCUGUACCAUCAUCAGCCUCGCAAAAUACCAGAAGGUAGAAGAUUUUUAUUCUACAAUUAAUAAUCAAAUCAAGGUCCGUCCGGAGUCGUAGCCUAUUUCCAUGCUUUCUAUUUAUAAGGAGGCAAUGCUUCUCGACCAAGACCAAUGAGAUUUGUGCUGUGGCCGCAGCGAAGUAGAUUUGUAAAAAUACCGUAAAUACAUUUGGACAAUUGUCUUCUCGAAUGCUUUCACGGUAAACCUGUGUGAUUGAUUCUGAAUGGUGCGGCGAGAGAAGGCUAAUUCUGGGGUUUUUGGCACCAGCGGAUGCUGCGCCGAAGAAUGGGAUACGCCGACCCUACGUCGGGUAGAGAUUUACUCGGCAAUAGGUCGCUUUGUUUUAUAUUCAUUUGCGCAUUUGGACUGGUUACACUUUUACAACAGAUUCUCUAUGGAAAAAACUACAUUAAAAGGGAGGAGAUGGAAUCUGUCCCAUCCAGUAGGGGUCAGCGUCGUGGCCUGGGAGGCUACAGGUGCUAUGCACCUCUCAACGGUGGCCUAUAUGCCGCUGUUGUCUGUAAACCUGCGCAACAGUUUAGCCGACUCAAAGGAGACGAGACAGGAAAUUGGACCGGUCCUGUAAAUUUCUUGGAUGAUGGAUCUCUGAAGCCUGCCAGGAAUGGGAAGAAAAGGUAUCUGGACUCAUACGAUGGAUCCUAUGACUACAACUCCACUGCAUGCAAAGAGCUCAGGCAGGAGAUUAUGGAUGUCAAAGUCCUGACCAUGGUGAAGACGUCGGAGCUGUUUGAGAGAUGGAGGAACCUGCAGGUGUGCAAGUGGCAGCAAAACAUGGUGGAGACCAACAACUUCAAGAUGUCUCUGUCGCGGUGUUGUAAUGCACCCUCCUUCCUGUUCACAACCAAGAGGAACACUCCAGCAGGCACCAAGCUGAGGUAUGAGGUGGACACCAGUGGCAUCCUGCCCAUCAGUACUGAGGUCUUCAAGAUGUUUCCUGACGACAUGCCAUACUCCAAGUCUCAGUUUAAGAAAUGUGCAGUUGUUGGAAACGGAGGAAUCAUCAAGAACAGCAAAUGUGGGAAGGAUAUUGACUCCGCAGAUUUCGUGUUUAGAUGCAACAUACCACCUAUCAACGACAAGUAUUCAGCUGAUGUAGGCGCCAAAACGGAUCUGGUGACGAUUAAUCCAAGUAUUAUAACGGAGAGGUUCCAGAAGCUAGAGAAGUGGCGGCGACCAUUUUACGAGGUUCUUCAGAACUACGAGAACUCGUCAGUGGUCCUACCCGCCUUCUACAACACGCGUAACACUGACGUCUCCUUCCGGGUCAAGUACAUGCUGGACGACUUUGACUCCCAGAGGGGUGUGUUCUUCUUCCACCCCCAGUACCUGCUCAAUGUCCAGCGCUUCUGGACUGUCCAGGGUGUCCGCGCCAAACGCCUCAGCAGCGGCCUGAUGCUAGUCACUGCCGCCAUGGAACUGUGCGAGGAGGUCCACCUCUACGGCUUCUGGGCGUUUCCCAUGAACCCCUCGGGCAUUUUCAUCACGCACCAUUACUAUGACAACGUCAAGCCCCGCCCCGGGUUCCACGCCAUGCCCCAUGAGAUCUUUAACUUCAUGCACAUGCACACGCGAGGUAUCCUCAAUGUACACUCAGGACCUUGCACAUGAUCGUGCACCAGAGCCACGCCCCCACUGUAAUGCAUCGUGGGAAGUCACCAUUUACUCCUGUUUUUGUCUGGGUUCUUAAUUUACCAUCAUUUUGCAUAUCUUAAUUUCGAUACACUGGUGUUUUCUUACAGUUGACGAGAGAUGGCCUUUUGAGCUCACACCGUAUAUUUGUGCUUUUUACACUAGCUCCAUGUGUUGAAGGUUGCUUGCUUUUAUGCCAACACGAUCAUUUCUCUUGAUGUGUUUCAUACUCUCUUGCUGAAUAAGCAACUCCAAUGGCCGCUGGUAUCUCUGAUUCUGUAGGUUGCUUGUUCUAAUGUGAAGUGAUCUUUCCUAGUGGUGUCGUUUCUGUGAAAUCUUAGUGGCUCGGUGGUACUGCUGUACAGAGGUUUGAACUUAACGUGUUGCACAACUAUUUACACUGAAAUAAGGCCACUCUGUGUGUCCAUCACCUCCUCCUGUACUUUCUCUUUGCUGCUUCCUGUGUUAUGAUCCCCCCUCGUGCUCUCUUUCUCAGACACUCUGUAGGUGUGGCAGCUUUUAUUUAUGUCUGUGUAAAAAUCCUGAACACUAUUGACGUUGAGCGAAUCCAAAAUAUAUGUUCAAAGAUCCAAAUGUUUAACCUUCAGUUGUCCAGCUACAUUCAACUGUUUUAUAUGGGUAAAUAUUUAUUAUAAAACACUCCUGACCUGAGAGGACCUUUUUCAUAGGUCCAUUUUCUUCUGUACAACUGACUAGCCAAACACUGGAAGAUACCCUUAGAUAUUUCUGAUGUGAAAUGGUUGUGUUUUAUUUGCUUGCUGUUUUUGGACAAAGGUGAGAUGAUUAAUAUUUUAUAAUCACCACCACCAUAGUAGGCCACAUAGUUAGAAAAACACACCCUGGCCCUAGUUAUUGGGCACUGUUGACCAAUCUGAUUUCUCUCUGUCAUCCAUGUCUUAAAACCAUGCUGCCUUAUGAUAUAAAUGUACAAAUCCUCUCUCAGAUAUGCAAUUCACCCCUGAAUUGCUUAUCUAAUGGACGUUUGUAUCAAACAAACUCUUGUUCCUACUGUCUGCUGACUCACCUUAAUAACCAUGACGAGAAGAGGUUCACUUCUGCUGUUGAAAUGACUAAAUAUAAUAUAAUUCCUGUAAGAUAUAAUGCUAUUUGCAUACUCAUGUGAUGCUGUGCAUGAUUCUACUAUAUUCUCUGUUUUGUGUGUGCCUGCAACCAACACGUGUUUACAACGAUCAGCUUCUGCUAAAGCUCACAGAUCAUUGGGAGAGAUUAGUUUUAAUUCAAAUGAUAUUACAUUUAUCAUCAAUUGCACACAAGGCCCAACCGAAACUUGACUUUCGCUUUUAACCCAACCCUUCAGAAUCGGAGAGGUGCAGGGGGCGGCCACAUUGGGCACCCAGGGAGCUGUUGUUGUGGGAGGUUAACUGCCUUGGUCAAGGGCAGAACAACCUUUCGGUUACUGGCCAAAUUCUCAUACCGCUAGGCUACCUGAAACCUUAUAUCAACCUUGAAUGGAUUUUAAAAGAGAACUGAUCGACAAAGGCACUUUUUUACAGAUGAUGGAAAGGAAUUACUAAUAUCGCCCCCUUUUGAAAUUAUAUGAUUUUUGUUAUCAUUAUUAUCACUGCAUCGUGUCAUUUCCCUUUUUGCAAUGUGACAAAGUUGUAACCUUGAAAGCAUCAUGGAUCUCAGCCUUGGAAUGCUGUAUGUUUGUUUCUAUUAGUAUUUGUUGUGUUUAACUGUGACAGAGUGGAGGAACAUUACUGAACUGGAAACAUAGGACCAUUCUUCUGUACAUGCUGUGCAAGGCUUUUUGAUUUUUGUAACGCCCCAAAUUCCCAUGAUCUUCCAUGAUCACUCCUAAAGUCUUUGGAAGAUUGUUUCUUUGACUUGUAAUUCACAGUCACACAGAUUGUGUGUAAAAGACACAAUGCACAAAAUAAGUUAUCCGUAUGAGCACAUUAAAUAAUUUCAAGUUUGAGUCUCAGAAUCACAAAAGAUCUUAAUUUUAUAGAGUAAAAAAUAACUAGGUAGAAGAAUCAGUCCGAAAAUGAAAGGAUGGAAUUAUUAGAGCUUGGAUGGAAUUAUUACAGUUUGAACAGUGAUAUGAAACCUACAUUCUGGGUCAUUCUUUAUAUUGUGUUUGUAAAUAAACAUGUUUGGAUUUUC